CACUCAAAAUCAGAACAUCAUCCUCACAGUCUCAGUCUUCUAGAGUCCACGAGGGGGACCACUGUUCCCACCACCGGGCCUCCCGCACGACCACGAGCAGCAGUUCCUCCGGAUUAUAUCCUACCAAUCUCUUCAAGCACUCUGGGACCAAGUAUUGCUUGGAUAACUCGUCCAUCGUUUUCUAACAGCCGACAUCCAAGGCGAUCACUGUCAAGGUAUCCCACACAGGACUAUAAUCCCACACAAGACUAUCCCUUCACGCCAAGUUACCAGAUACUCCCCGGGCCGCUUUCCCACAUUGUCAGUCCAAGUCUAUCCAUAUCCGUCACAGUCUUUCUCUCUUCUCAUUCCUAUUCAUUAUUCGUAGCCACGAUGAUGUCGUCUAUAGGAUCACUGGAGAUGGUCGUGACUCCUCGUUUGGAAAGCACUGGUUCCAGCAGCACCGUUCCCGCUGAUCCCAUUGGAUCUCGUCCUAUCGCCCCAGAGCUCUCCGUUUCUGAGCAUACCCUGAGCGCCAACCAGGCUGGGAAGCGAAAAGCCGACGUGCAUGAGUCUUCCUCCCCUACGAAGAAGGUUCGCCUUGACCCUCAUGACCAUGACGGCGAUCUUGUCAAUCUGGAACAAUCGUCGAAUGGGGUCGGGAUGAGCGCACCUCAGCUUGCUGGGCAUGCCGAAGCAUUGAGGAACUUCCUUAUUGCAAAAAAUCACCAGCAUGCCCUACCAGGCAACGUCAGUACCCAAGUGGCUAAUACUGCAGUGGCUACGAGUUCUUCGGGCGUUAGUGUCGUUGCAUUCAACCCGUUCAUGGGCUACUCAUUCCCUAAUAUGCUCGACGCGAACAGUGGUGUUCAGUACUAUGACCCCAUGGGCUUCGGUGAUUUGGGGGUCCUCCCUGAGCACGACGGCAGCGCUCUGAGAAUUUUCGAUCAUAUUGGUGCCCCUGAUACGACGAAAGGUGCCAGUGCAUAUGCUGCACCUGCCAUCACCAUGGACUGGGCGAUGAAUAUCGACCCCCAGCUUGGUGGUGGCGCUGUGGAUUCUGGACCAAGUCAAUUCGUGGAUCCACGGGACACCCAGUUCUACCGUCAGCCGCAUUCUCCAAUCCAAGACAGUCAUGCCUAUUCGUCCGUUCAUUCCGACGCCUCAGACGCUAGCACCGAGACUGCAGGCUCGGCCAAUGGUUCUCCCGGCCAGUCUACCGCGGGCCAAACAUCCCAAUCCACCGCGCCGUCCUCUCCUCCAAGCGACAUCGCUGAUGCUGCUGAUGCUCACCUGGCGGCUAAUGGAGACCCAGGUCCCGCGUCGUCCAGAGCAAUCUCAGGCAAGAAAGUUAGCGCGCCCGGUCAUAAGAAGUUGCCGCCCAACACAACCCCCGACACGACUGGACCCCCUCCCAAAAAGCGCAAGCGUGGCCGUCCGAAGGGCUCAAAGAACAAGGGCCCACGAGUACCUGGCGGCGCGGUCCGAGCCCAAAAAAACAAGCCUCGCGUCUACACCAUCUUGCUUGCCGACCUCGAGUUGGUUAAGUGGCGUGACGACGAGAAGCUCAAGUGGCGCGUCUGCACGGAGAAGUACAAGGCGUUUGGGCACAACUUGACGGCCGGUGGGAUUCAGCAGCGCCAUGUGCGGACCAAGAAGCUGUUGAACGGGGCGAUAGGGGAUCGGGUCUUCAAUGCCCAGUACAGUGGUGUCUGGGUCUACAUUGAGAACGGGACCACACCGCUCCAUCAGAUGCCCAUUGUUCCCGGGGGAAAGGCUCCGAAUUCGGGCGCGCCUGUUGCUCCCAUGGCAAGGGACAUUGGUUCCGGAGCGCUUGUCAAUGGAAAAUCAAGCGGCACGGGCUCUGAUGUCAAUGCGGGGGGAGACUUACGCGUGGUUGACAAUGUUGAGGAUGAGUCCUCGGAUGAAGAGCAGUCAGAUGCGGAGGAGGUCGCACCUCAUACAGAGGAGCUGGACCAACAAAUGGACAAUUUUCGCCCCUAUGACAGGCAUAAUGGUUCUGAACAUGUCAACGCCCAAUCCGAGCAAUCCGAGAGUGAAGAAUCCCCAGAAUCAAGCCCAAGCGACGGUGCAAGCGCCUCGUCCUCUGACUCCGAAGAUGACUUUGAAGAUGAUUCCGCCGAUGGCGACGGCGAGACCGCGUCCGGGUCCGACUCUGAGGGCAACUUCUCCCACCCGGCACGAGGAUUAGCAGUCAAGCAUAUCCCUGGAUUCGCGGGCAAACGUGUCCCUGGCUCCCGUGCUCCCUCCUACGGCAGAAAGUCCGUUCCUAGUGCGCUUCAGAAUGUCAAAGGCAAACAGCGUGCUGAUGAGGAGGUAGAUCUUCGACCCACCACUGGCUGCAAGUCCCUCAGCAAUCCUGCAUGGGUUCGGUUUCUGGAAGAGAAAAUCGCGGAGUGCGACAGUGAUGAAGAGAGCGAUACUGAUUGCCCCCCCAGUUCGCCUAUUUCUUCAACCGGCGAAGCUUUCUCAUAUUUCGUUCACAGUCGGAAAUGGACUGGCAACAAAUAUAGUGAGUGGGUCCAGAUUGAAGAAGAAUAUAAUUCUCUCCUGAAUGCCCUCGAGGCUGCCCGUGAAGAACUCAAAGUCGGCCGGCUGAUCCCCCAUUCCAGCGAUUGCUCUGAGUACUUUUAUCGGUGCGCCAACCAGAAUCCUGCCGUCGAAGUUAAAAUUAUCCGAACCGACAAGCCCUGUCACAGAAUCAAAGUCAAGAGCAACCUCGUCCUCCUCCAACCCCCCUCCUUCCCCACCUCCAUGCGGCUCUUCAUGGUGUGGAAGAAGACCGUCUGCGCCGAGACCACCGAAGACUAUGAACACGUCUUUCAAACGAUCGGGCCGGCAACUCAUCGUUUCUACCAAAGCAUGGCUGGUGCAAACGAAGAGGCUGGAAUGGUCUUCCUCAACCUCACCACGAACGCGAAUUCUAUGAAGAUCGACGAGGUGUUGCGGCACCGCCAGGUCCACCAGGACCUCGCCGACCAUAUUCAAGAACUAAGCGAUGGAUCGUCCCUGUUCAAACGAUCCGGCACCGUGUUCAAUGACCAGAAUAUCCGGGUGACCGUGUGGGUCUCAGAGGAAGAAUAUCCCACCAGCCCUUCUACGUGGGGACAUGCCUAGAAAUCUUCUUUCAGCCAGCGAUCAUGGGCCACGAGGGUGAUACAAAUCACUAACACCACACAAAAGAAUCAUGGGGAUUUCAUUUCCCCUUCACACACCACGGCAGCGGCGUAUAUCAGAGACGUACAUCAUGUAUAGUAUCGACGGAAAGUUCAUAUUCACACAUUUGUGAAAUAUCAGGCAGCAGCCUCUAGUUAGAGGGUAUAGGAUACGGCCCAACGUCACGAUUCAUGGCGGUAUGGCAAAGGCAAUGGCUAUAGGGCCUUACACAAAAGUUAACAGUUAGAUAAUGUGAUUUCAGUAUCGGGGGAACAUUCGGGGC